GCUGUUUGUUUACAGGCGGUCAGUUCAAAACCAUCCUGGUCGCUCGCAUUAAUGGUGUGCUAGGAGAAAUAGACUAGAAUUAUAAUUAUGCCGCGUUAUUUUUGAUGAUUAUCUCAAGUCUGUGUACAUUUUGUGGAGAAUUAAUGUGAAUUGUGAAGCAGUGCUUACAUUUAUAAAUUUCCGGUUUAAUAUGAAUGAAGAAGGCUUUUGAUUGUCCGAUUCAACUAGGUUUGUUCCUUGUUUUCUUGUCAUUCGGGUCGAUCUUAAGGCCCUAGGAUUGUAAGUUCCGUGAAUUGCUCAAGGGAACUCAAAAGAGGUGAUAAGGGCUAACACGAGAAAAAUAAAGUGGACAUUCCUUAAGACAGGAAGGGUUUAAUAAAGUGACUACGAAGUCUCCUUUUUCGUCCGUCGUAGGAAGCUAGUGCGAUACCUCCCUUUUCGUCGUACUGUGUGCAGUUAAGUUUUAGUUCGGUUUUCAGUUAGCGUACUGAAGAUAUAUUAAGUUUGGAGUUAUUACGUAUAAUGCUGUGGAAUACCUAUCUGAAUCCAGCAGAACCGGAGGUAUGCUUCACUCACAAGUUAACUAGAGGUCGCCUCGACUAUUCAAUCUUCGGAUGGCUUAGGCCAUCAACCAGAGAUCCCUAACUAACUAUAUGCUGAACUUUCAGAGUUGUUGCCAAGUGCUAUUCAUGGUCUGGAUAUUUGUCUUUGGUUCUCAGUUUCACAUGUUUUUUGGUCUUCAUCGCUUUCUCCUGUCUUGAGGAUUCCAUGUCGAGUCUUGUUUUGUGAUGCAGUUUUUUAAUGUCCUUAAUCUUACCACCUCCAGAGUUUUUCCCUAAUUUCCCCCCUCAACUAGAAGCUAAGUUUUUCCUGCUAAAGCAGAUUAUUACUGAUGGUCUCUUACCACUGGGUCGUGAGCGUCUUGUUGAAUAGUUGUCUGUAAACACUUACGGCUUUCGUGAUAAUACGAAAUGCAGCAACAUAUGAUGGCAACUCUUCCCAUCAGCUCCUGGUGUAUGGUUUGCCCGUAGCUCUCGCAUAGCUACCACUCAAAGCACGGCAAGCCAACUUACUUAGUUGAUAUUUAUUUCAUUAUAUCAUUCCGAGUUUGAUCUUCAGUAUUCCUUUAUUUUCUGCUUUGAAGAGAUGGAUGUACAUUCGUAAGAAUCUUUGCAUACAGGAAGGGGAAUAAAUAGUUUACCCACUCCUUCUGCCCAGCAUUUGAUCGCCUAUUAUCUGAUUGUGUUGCAUAGACCUUUAUUCUACUAGUAUUGAAAAAUUUUAAGGGGCUCCAAGUCAAAAAUAGCAAGAAUUUGAUUAAGAAGGUAUAAGAACAUUUUGUGAAUAACUGUUGACUGACAUUUGUAAAAUUUUGUCUACUUAUAUUCUCUGGCUUGAGAAAGCUCGUAAUUUUGUUCACGGUACUUAAAAAAAUUAAGUGAUCACUUGAGAUAAACUAUGGUAAGUCAAUCUAUGACUCCUAACUUGUGGUCAUUGCUGUUCCAUUAUUCUGCUAGAUUAUGGGGACAUGUGAGGUUUAUCGUUCUUUCCCUUCGGAAUCUAAGGACAACGACCAAAAAGUCAACAAUUUUCCUAUUAGAGAAUCGAGCGUUUUGCAUGUAGUUAUUUCAGAAUCAGAACUAACAGAAUUACCAUUACCAACUUAUGUUUGCGAGUUAUGCGGAAUCAAAGUGAAAACAAAAGCUAACUUACGGGCUCAUCAGAUUAAAACUCAUAAGAUCAUGAAGAAUGCAAAAGACGUAGCAUUUUAUUCCAAGCAAAGGUAUAAUGUUAGUUAUAUCUAUCAUUGCCCUGUGGCUACAUGUAAACACAAUAUUGGUUUAGGCGGUGGAUUCAGCACUUACUGGAGAUUAAAACAGCAUUACCAGCAUGUUCAUAUGCAGAAAAGUUACCAGUGUAGCAAAUGUAAACAUUUCUUCCCUACUCCCUCAUAUCAUGCCUAUCAUCAAAAACUAUGUGGAGCAACGUAUUCUUGUUCAGUUUGUUUCAGGUCUUAUUCAAGUAAAAAGCACUUACUUCAGCAUUACCGAAGAAGUGGGCACAGUAACACUUUAUCUCUUAAUUCUAUUCCUAAAGUCGAAAAUACUCCAAACAGAUCGCCUUCGAAGAAUACAUCAAUUCCAAGCUCGUAUGUUGCACGUAAUCCUAUCCCUCCUAGUGGACCAUGUGGCCCAUUAGUUCUCCCACUUCUUAUUUUACCAGUUACUGUACCUAACGUAAGUGAUGUGAAUGUAGAAAAUCUGAAUAGCAAUGUUUUGGGGUGUUUGAAUAUGAACUUUUUAUAUACAAGUGCUCUUUCGGCUCUUCGUACACUUUCAACACAAAUCUUUCCGAAUCCAAAUGUCCAGGUUAAUCUCUCUGAAUCUGCAAUAAAUUCGAGCGAUACGUCAGUGGUUUUAAAACCCGAUUUAGGAAAUUUCUGCAAUCUUUACGCAGUCCCUGUAAGCAAUUCUUCUUUGGAGGCCUCAACACAAACUGAACAGUUAUAUACACCGAUCACUGUAUUACAACCAUGCUCUCAUACACUCCAGACACACGAACUUGUGUCUGUGAACACAUGCACCGAUGAGGAUGACAUCAGUUCAUUCAUUGGUGGUCUCUUCUGUAAUGCUGCAGUAGAAGCCAAUCUUCCUCACUCAAGUACAGUAUAUGAUAACUACGAAGUUAGACAAGAACGAAAGUUGUCUUACGAGACCAAACAGGUCACAUUGGGUCCCCUCAACGAACACCACCCUUGUUCAUCACUAAAGCCAACCAAAAACUCGGUUCAGUCGAGCAACUACAUCUCUCUUACUGGGUGCUCAAAUAAUGGUGUGGAUCAAGAAAUUCAAGCAAGGUUGCUACCACUACGUGAAAACGCUGCUAUGCAGACCGAUGUUAUGGAAAAUUUAAAUGCUGAAAUUGCUACUCAUUAUCCUCACUCCGAUCAUAGUACUUACUUUACUCCAAGCAGAAUGCUUGAAACACCACCUCCUCCUAUGUUACAAAGUACUGUUUCACUUGGAACUCAUUUAAGUACUGCAUGCCAAACUUUACAUCGUUUGCUGAACGAAGCGAAAAUUUCAGACAACCAAUCUCCUCUUAUGGAGAUAUUAAACAUGGAUACAACAACAGAUUCCGGUACUCGGGCUUGUGUUAAUGUAAUAAAUUAUUCUGCUUAUGAUUUACCUGGUUCAACCGAUCCAAUGUUACAAUGCUCAUCUACAUCAUCUAUCAAAAAUUCUGUACAAACUAAUACUGUACCCACUUCCUGUGAUAAUUCACAGUAUUGCAAUUUGAACACUGUGGAAACAACAACGCAGCAUGAUUGGCCAGCCAAUGUAGAUUUCACUCACAAUCAAACUCAAACAAUUGAUGAAGAUAUAGAAUUGUGGUUGAACAGUGUUGAAACACAAACAAAUCUAGCGUUAUUUGAUCCCAGCUUCUUUUCAGAUAUAUGUGUUGGAGUGGACGAUGAUUUUUUCCAGUCCUAGUUCAUCCUACAAAAAUAGUUUGUUUUAUUCAAGACUCUUGUUAUCACCGCCUAUGUGUACCAUUUAUGUCACGUGGACUAGCUUGAUUUCAGUGACUUGACAACAUCUCUUCCUACCAUAUCAUUGCAUACAAAGGAUAUAUAUAUAUAUAUAUAUAUAUAUAUAUUCAGUGCACUCACCAUAACUAUUUCUUUAUUUCGUAUAUUUCUAGAACAAAAUUUAUGGUCUUUUUCUAUUGGUUUAUCAUUUUGAUUUUAAUCUUGUUUUUCUUUGUUUUGCUUUGAUUAUUUUGUAUUUGUAGAAAAUUCGUACACCAUAUUUAGUCAGUGGUUUCAUUAACCCUACUGCUUGCAGCUCGAUAAAGUAUACUCAUUUUACUUUUUCAUGUCUUUUACUUUAUCGAUAUGCUACUAACGACGUAGUAUAAUUUCAUGUGAUUUACUUUUAUUUUACUGGUAUACAGUCAUAUAACUGUCUCACAAGUGUAGAGAAAUUCGACUACUUAAGAAAGUAGUUUAGAGUCGAAUAUGUUACAAGUAUUAUCAACUAUUGGAGAUUAUUAACCUAGUACUUAUUACUGAUGAGUAUCUAGUUGUUGUGGGAAGCAAACGUUACAAAAUUUACCUCGUGAAAUUCUCUGGUUUUAUAAUUAUAUGCAAAUAAAUUUUAGUUAUAUAUAUAUAGAUAUAUAUUUCUUUGAAUAGCUGUUUGUAAU